CUCAAACCAUCGCUAUUAUUUCCGGUUGUGCCUCACAUAAUCCGGUGCUCUUCUUAUUUCCUAUUAUUCCCCCUACCAUAUCCAUCGCAAGAGUUCCGUCGUUAUUUCAACAUGGCUGGUGGUCCACGUCUCUCGCCCAUGAUCCAACGUGAAAUGGCUGAUCGAGCUGCCAAUACCAGUGCCAGAAGAGUAGCUGAGGAGUAUGAGGCAGCUAGACUAAGACUUACAGACCAGACCUUCAAUAUGCUGAGCUACCCAGACCCGCUCGCCCCUCGGAAGCAGUUAACCACGUAUCCCCCGGGGGUAACACCUGAGAUGGAAAAGAAGUGGCUUCAGGCCAUCGAGCAGUCCAAGAAAUGA